GAACUUCGUUAUUUAGAGUUUUGUGAUGACCUUACGUCGAAGGUUGGAUUGGACUAUCCUGCUUUGAACUGAUCGGUGCUUUGAGCAUUACUCGCUACAGAUGCGCUCUUGAACCCCAGUCAUGUCUAUCGAUCUCAAUUGGGAGACGGUCACAGGCGGCCCUGACGGGCAGGAGCUGGCAGAGCGAAUCCGGGAUUUCAUUCACACCAAGUUUCAGUCGGUGCCGCUGCCGCGGUUCAUCAAGUCGGUUACUGUACAUGAUUUCCAGUUCGGCACCAUUCCCCCGGAGCUCGAACUUAAGGACGUCACCGACCCGCUGCCGGACUUCUACGAGGACCAUGUCGACUCGGAUCUGGCCUCGGACGACUCCGACGGCGAAAACAAUGGCGCAGACAGGAUAGCGCAGGCACAGAAUGAGCGACGCCGGCGGGCAGCCGAGUCCGAGAUGCUGAGCGGCGGAGGGCGCAAUCUCGGCCAUCUUCCACCGCACCUGAUGUUCGGUGGCCCCGGCGGGCCCGGGCCAGGGCCAGGAAGCAUGCGCAACGGGGACACGGGAGGAGGUCCCACGAUGCGAGUCCCUACACCCGGAAUCCCUGGCGGGACAUCCAACCUACACUACUUCCACUCGCAUCUGGCAAGCGGCCUCUCGGGGACACAGACACCCCUCGCCGCGGUAGCCGGCGCCCACCACCUGAGUACUGCAAACUGGCUCGAUGGCCACGGACACAGCUCCUCGACGCCCAACCUACACCACUUUGCCAACUUCGGCGGAGCUGACACCAGUCCCCGCCGUUUCCCGGAAUCGGGACACAGCCGAAACCCAUCUCAGAGCUCCAUCUCCGUAGCGGACUUGAGCCCAACUGUUCCAACCGGCAACAGCAACCUAGCGCCGCCCUCCUCGUCAUCCAACAACAACAACAACAACGGCGGCGGCGGCGGCGGCGGCGGCGGCAGCGGUAGCGGCAGCAACAACAACCUCAGCCUCCCCUCUCUCCGCGAAAAGCACAGUGUCUCGACUCUAGCCCCAACUUCAGCGGGCGCCUCCCGCCCUCCGACCCGCGACGCGACCGGAACCCUCAUGAGUUCCGCCGGCGACGACAGCACCGGCGGGGAAGCAAAACCGAAUCAGCCGCAGCAGCAACAACAACAGCAGCAGCAAGAAGACCGCCAGCCGCGCCUGCGCGAGCGGCGCGUCGACGACAUGCAGGCCGUCUUCCGGAUCCGCUACGCCGGCGACGUCAAGCUCCUGCUGACGGCCGACAUCCUGCUGGACUACCCGAUGCCCAGCUUCGUCGGCAUCCCCGUGCGGCUGAGCAUCACCGGCCUGACCUUUGACGGCGUCGGCGUGCUGGCCAAGAUCCGCAGGCGGGUGCACUUCUGCUUCCUGAGCCCCGAGGAUGCCGUCGCCGCUGUCGGGAACGACGGGGAAGAUCUCCCCGGGGAGGGGGAGGAACGGGAGGAAGAGGAGGUCCCGGAAGAGGAGGGAGGGAAAGAGCAGCCCACCGUCGGCGGCCCGCGGCACCGACGGGGACGGACGGCGGCGGGGUCGGGAAGCAUCGGUGGUAAUAGUACGAGUAGUAGUAGUAAUAACCGCCGCGGUAACACAAAGCCGGGGGGUCUGUUGCAGGAGAUCCGGGUCGAGAGCGAGAUUGGGCAGAGGGAGAGCGGAAAGCAGAGCCUGAAGAACGUGGGCAAGGUGGAAAGAUUUGUGCUGGAGCAGGUCAGGAGGAUAUUCGAGGAGGAGUUUGUAUACCCGAGCUUUUGGACAUUUUUGGUAUGAGACAGCGGGGCGUUCACGUACUGGAUGGGAUGGGGAAACAAGAGCCAAACCAAGAGG